GCCGAUAUGUGGCUAAACGGCCAGAUGGCCUGCGAGUCGACCGUGACGGCUGCAUGAGGCUCGACGACAUCAUGCAUUUCUGGGGCGACAGGGCCGGUCUCCGAGAAACCGACAUCCUGCAUGCAGUUCGACGGCACAUGUUCAGAGAGCACGAGCAUGGUGGAUCUCUUCGCUUCGCCAUCGACGGUGACAGAGAUGGGGGCAUUGUCAUACGG